GAUGACCCAAAGAAGCCUGUUAACAACAUAGACAAAGGGAGAGAAGUGGAAAAGAUAAUUAAGGAUAAAAAAGAAUCGAGUAGUGAUGAUUCAGAUGAUGAAAAGGAUAAACCUUCAGUUCCACCAACAACUCCAUCGAGGAAAGAGGCACCGAGCUUCACGCCAAAACCCCUUGUAAAACAAGAAUCUGAGAAAAAAGAUGAACAACCAUCAUGGAGGCAAGGCCGGAAGACUAGUAGUAGCGAAUCAAAUCGUAGCGAAGAGAGAAUUCCCCGCUCUGCAUCAGCCCCACAAAUGCCAACGACAGACAGGAAAAAGCCUGAGGAAACGCGCACAAGUGAUUCAGAGUCUGGUUACACAAGAAGGAGGUGGGCCGACAUGGAACGAGAGCGUGAACAGGAACGAGAAAAAGAAAAGGAGCGGGAACGGGAAAGGGAGAGGGAAAUAGAAAAACAGAGAGAACAGGAAAGGCAGAAAGAAAAGGAACAAGAGCGGCAACGAGAAAAAGAGCUUGAGAAAGAAAGAGAAAAAGAGCGUGAGAAAGAAAGAGAAAAAGAGCGUGAGAAAGAAAGAGAAAAAGAGCGCGAAAAGGAAAGGGAAAGGCUAAGGCAAAAGCAAAAGCUCACAGGAAGUUUCCGAGACAAGACUGUGACAACACUUACUGCAAAAAGGCCAUCAUAUAUGACCCCUACCACAGAGGACACAGAGUCUGAAACACAACGUAGAUCCAGGGCCAGAAGAGAACGUGCAACUAGAAGAUCAACGCAGGGGGUGACAGCAGAAGACUUAGAAAAUGCUGAAACGCUGGUUGGACAAAAAGACAAGGACACAAACAAACGAGCCGAGGAAAGAGAAACUACUGGUUACAGUCGUCGCUCUAGACUACGCGAGGAAGAUGAGGACACAAACAAAAGAGCUGAGGAAAGAGAAACUAGUGGUUACAGUCGUCGUUCUAGACUACGCGAGGAAGAUGAGAAAACGUCUAAAGAUGAGACUGCUGAAGAGGAGACUUCUAGAAGCAGUUACAUACCUUGGAGAAUGCGGUAUCAUAGUGAUACCGAUAACUCCACAUCCUACAUUGCCAAGUCUCCUCAUAGCGACACUACAACAAUAUCAUCGCCUUAUACCAGUCGCUAUAGUUACAGGGAUGCGGAAAAGAAAGAAGAACUCAAAGAAGAACCCCAAGAGGAAAGAAAACGAGGAUCCAGAAUAUCUGCAGGAGAUGAUGCAAGUUACAGAAAGUCAUUAAGUAGUCGGCGGAAACAGAUACGAGAAAGGAAGAGAGCGGGUACAGGAGUUAUACACAUGGAUGAGCUAGAUGAAGAAGAGGACAAAAAAGAGGAAGAAAGACGGAAAGAAGAAGAGAAGUUAAAGGAAGAAGAGGAAAAAAGAAAUGUAGAGGAAAGGAAAAAAGAAGAGGAGAAACAAAGGAAAAAUGAACUUGAAGACAUUAAGAGUAUAGCAGACCGGUAUACCCAUAGAGCAGGCUCAGGUUCCUCAAGGUAUUCGUCAUCAAUAACUGAUCGUUACAGUCGACGAUAUGGUGUUUUAGAAGAUAAAGAUAAAAAAGAUGAAACUAUAACGGGAACUCCUUGCCUUAAUUGUAAAAAGCUUUUUGAGUCUCAAGUUGAAAAAUAUGACAAAGUGCAAGACAAACUACGAGAAACGCAACUUGAAUUAACAGAAAACAAAGUUCAAUUAGAAAAAGCAUUGCAGAAAUCAGAUCGGAAUGAAGACAGGUCAACUACGAGGGCACUAGAAAAUGAAAAAAGGGAAAAGCGAGCACUUGAAAGAAAAAUAUCAGAAAUGGAAGAAGAACUUAAG